AGCGUAGUAGCUGUCAGUCAAAGGACAUUUAAAUGGCCACACUGUACAGCGCCGUAUACCUUGCAGCGCGAUAAUAACACAGUUACGAUUAUAUUUUGGGUGCAAGCAGCGUAAAUAGCGUCUGUUUGUGUUGUCGGCGUUUCUCUCUUUAAUCUGAAUCCGCUUUUUAUCCGCCAAGUUUGUUCAGAAAGACACCUCCUGAAAAAAAUGAGCGACGAGGACGACUUUUUACAAAAAGCCCGAGCCGGGUUUGAAGAGCUCUGUCGAGGUUUGAAUAUGGACGAAGAGGCGAGUAAUGAGGCAUGGAAGACCUAUGAAAACAUCAGCAGGAAUUUUACACUAGAGGGCAGCGAGCUGCACUGGCUGGCCUGUGCGCUCUACGUGGCCUGCAGAUCCUCGGUGCCGACGGUGGGGAAAGGCACCGCAGAGGGGAACUACGUCUCUCUGACCAGAAUCCUACGCUGCUCAGAAAUGAGCCUGAUCGAGUUUUUUAAUAAGAUGAAGAAGUGGCAGGACAUGGCCAACCUGCCUCAGGACUUCCGUCAGGGCACCGAGAAGCUGGAGAGAAACUUCACGGUGUCGGCCGUCAUCUUCAAGAAGUACGUUCCCAUCUUUAAAGCCAUCUUCAAAGCCCCGUCAGAGGAGCCGCCACGUGUCCACCGCAGCCGCAAACAGAGACGACAUCCGUGCACCGUGACCGAGGUCUUCAACUUCUGCUGGGUUUUGUUUGUCCACGCUAAAGGGAACUUCCCCAUGAUCAGUGAUGACCUGGUGAACUCAUAUCAUCUGCUGCUAUGUGCUCUCGACCUCGUCUUCACCAACGCGCUGCUGUGCAACGCCAGGAAAGAUCUGCUCAACCCAAACUUUAAAGGUCUACCAGAGGACUUCAGCAGUAAGGACUACAGGCCGGCCUCAGGCCCGUACUGCUUCAUAGAGCAGCUGUGUGAGCUGCAUGACGGCCUGGUGCUGGAGGCCAAAGGAGUCAAAGAACACUUCUGGAAACCUUUUAUCAAGAAGCUCUUCCACAAGAGGAUUCUCAGAGGAAAAGAGGACGGUCUGACCGGCUUUCUGGAUCCCAUGAACUUCGGAGACAGUUUUUUGUCUCUGACUCGGGUGUAUGAGGAACAUGUUCUGGCCACCGGCAGCCUGGAUGAGAGGAUUUUUACUGGCGAGGGGGCGAGCGACGACAUCGGCACCCCGGGGCCGUGCCUGUGUGAAGGGGUGGAGAACCAGGACAGCGCCACCUACAGGCUUCACGCCAACCUCACAGCCUCGGCUCUUAAGGUGGCCACUCCUCUGACGGGCAGGAAGUACGUUCAGGAGAACAGCCUGGCGUCUCCGGUCUCGUCCGCCAUGAAGAGCGUCGGACGACUUCACACGCUGCUGUCGGGAACCAAACAGGGGCCGAGUGCUAAGCUAACGGAAACACUGAGGACCUGUGCCAGAGACCCCAGUGAUGUCAUCAACAAGCGCCUGAAGGACAUGUUCGAGCUCUUCUCUCAGCAUUACGAGGGCAGCGGGGAAGAGAACAGGUCGAUGGGCAGAGACAUGGCGGUGAAGUAUUUUCACCUGGCGGAGGCGUUGUACUACCGGAUUCUGGAGUCCAUCAUCGAGAGAGAAAAGAUGAUUCUGGGAGAUGCUGACCUGUCUUGUAUUUUGGAACAGGACAUCUUCCAUCGCUCUCUGCUGGCCUGCUGUUUAGAGAUCGUCAUCUUCUCCUACAGACCUCCAGGAGAUUUCCCCAACAUGAUCCGAAUCUUCCGGCUCCCGGCUUAUCACUUCUACAAGGUGAUCGAGGUGUUGGUGCGGUCGGAGCAGGGUCUGUUUCGGGAGGUGGUGAAGCACCUGAACCAAGUGGAGGAGCAGGUGCUGGAGAGCCUGGCCUGGACCAGCGACUCCCCGCUGUGGGAGAGCCUCCGCGGGGCCAAAGACCACGUCCCUGCCUGCCAGGAGGUGAUGCCUCCUCAGUAUCUGGAACAAAAUGAUGAAAGCAGCUCAGGCAGCGUUCCCCUCACUCCCAUAAACCACGGACCGGACCUCAACACCAACAGCACCGUCAAAGGUGUGUCCCCCUCCCCCACCACCCUGCUGGACCGCUACAGCUCCCCGCCCACCGGCGCGGCGCGGCGGCGUCUGUUUGUCGACCUGGUGGACGGCGAGUCUGGAGUCACCUCCACCGGCUCCACAGGCUCAACCAGUACAGCACCAGCCGCUGUGGCCAAAACCAGCCAGGCCAGUCUGGUCACAGCCAUCCCGGCUGGGCAGACUGUAGUCACCAUGGCAACCGCCACCGUCACCGCCAACAACGGGCAGACAGUCACCAUACCUGUGCAAGGUAUAGCCAAUGAGAGCGGAGGCAUCACUUUCAUCCCCGUCCAGGUUAGUGUGACCGGACAGGGCGGAGCCACGCUGCAGCCGCUGUCCGCCCAGACUCUGAGCGGCGCCCUCACCGUCCAGUCAGCCUCCCCCAAGCCGGCCGCCAAACCGGCAAGCAGCCCGCUGAAGAAAGGCUCGCUGUCCCUGUUCUUCAGGAAGGUGUAUCACCUGGCCAGCGUGCGUCUCAGAGAUCUGUGUGCCAAACUGGACAUCUCAUCAGAGCUGAGGAGGAAGAUCUGGACCUGUUUUGAAUAUUCUCUGGUGAACUGUACUGAACUGAUGAUGGACCGUCACCUGGACCAGCUGCUCAUGUGUGCCGUCUACGUCAUGGCCAAGGUGACCAAAGAAGACAAAUCCUUCCAGAACAUUAUGAAGUGUUACCGCUCUCAGCCUCAGGCCAGCAGCAAUGUCUACAGGAGCGUGUUGAUCUCAGGGAGGAAGAGGUGUCACUCUGGCAGCAACGACUCCAACAAACAGAACUCACCUCCUCACAGCAGCCAGGAUACAGCAGGUGGAGACAACAGCCCAGUUCCUAUUCGCUCCAGCAGCACCUUGCCCGCCCCCCAGCCUGGCAGUGCCCCCUCCACACCCAACAAGAACUCCUCCUCCUCCUCCUCCUCCUCCUCCUCCUCCAACAUGGGUGACGGUGAGGAGGAGCGAGGAGACCUAAUUCACUUCUACAACAACGUUUACAUCAAACAGAUGAGACACUUUGCUCUCCGAUACUCUCCGAGGUCACCCUCCGCAGGGGUGGAGACCCCCCCUCUAUGUCCGUACCCCACCCUGAGGACCGGCUCUCCCCGCCGGAUGCUUCUGUCCAGCAAACACUCCAUUUACAUCUCACCGCACAAGACGAGCUCCGCCCCCACGCCGACAACCCCCCGAGACAAGAUUUACUACUACAUCUGCAGCAGCCCCCCCAACCGUCUCCAGGAGAUCAACAGCAUGAUCCGGACCGGAGAGACUCCCACCAGGAAGCGCAGCAUGCCUCUGGAGGACGACACGUCACCCAAGAGGGUUUGUCCCGACAACCACUCCGCCCUGCUGCGCCGGCUACAGGACGUCGCCAACGACCGCAGCUCCUCCCACUGAGUCACACACACACACAUACACACACACACACGCACACACACACACACACACACAGAAUACCACAAUAUCACCAUAGUUACACCAACCGCAUCAUCAUAAUAUGACAUCAACGAACUUCAUACACUGUCACAGUCUCAUUUUAUCCGGUAAGAGAUCAGACUUUUUAGGAGCAUUUUGGUCACUUUCAAUGAUAUUUUUAAUUAACUUUAAAUAAUAAAUCUAAUCGAGGAGUCAGAUUACACAUUCAUGCUAUUCUGACUGACAGAAAACAUGGUUUAUCCUUUGCUUUGUGUCUGAAAGUUUCCUGCCACAUCAUUCGUAGCUCUCAGUUCUGGUUGGUUCAUUCAAAAUGACCUGAUAAACACUGUAAAUAACCAGUCAGCUAGUUGACAGAAACAUUGUUAGGAUACAGUCGCAGCCAGUGUUUGAUGUUAUCAUGUUGCAGAGCAAAAAAUGCCAUUAUAAAGUUCAGGAAAUUAGAGACAAAUUAAAAUUAAAAAUAGUACUUUAGAACAUCUGAUCCCGCUGACAAAGAAAUGUACUUUUUCUAAUGCAAGAAAAUAGAAUAUAAAGAAUUUGGGAGGCAGAAUUACAGUUCAAGAUGGAUCUAAUAUCUUCUGCACACAAUCAGGGGUGGAAAGUAACUAAAUACAUUUACUGAAGUAUUAUACUUAAGUUUGUAGCUGACUGGACGGUUGUUUCUUGUGUGUUCUGGCUGAUAAAAAGUUCCUUUAUUGUUGUUCUUUUGUUUGUUGCUGCAGGACACCGAGACUCAGCUGUUAUUUCAAUACCAGCUUUUACAUGAGAGUUUACAGUAUACAGUUUAGUAUGAAAUUAGCCUUGUAAAUGACCAAAAUACUCCUAAAAAUCAGAUCAGGUGUCAAAAAAUUUUUCUCAUGUUCAUACAUGUUUCCAAACAUUUUAGUUUAACUCAAACAAAGAAAACAACAAACGAGGAGUCUGAACUCCUGCAGCUCUGAUAUUCUUUUUAAGUUUGAACUCGUCAAUGAGAGAGUGGUGAUCAAUCAGUCAUCAAGUCAAGUUAAAUUUUAUUUAUACAGCACCAAAUCACAACAGAAGUUAUCUCAUGACACUUUUCACACAGAGCAGGUGAAGAACGAACUCUUUAAUUUACCAACAUUCCCCUAUAAACUUUAACAGGAAGACACCUUGAGCAGAACCGGGCUCUAGGUGGGCGGCCAUCUGCCUUGAGAGAGAAAGAGGGAGGGGAGGGAGGGGAGAGAGAG